GAAGCGCUUAGAAACAAUCUGAAGGCCGCGAGAGAGAAAAAGCAACUGGAAUUUAUCACCUCUUGCAUAAUAACACACACAGUCAACACUUAAGGUCAACAGUGCGCCCCGGUGAGGGGGGGACAGGACCGAGGGGACCGAACCUGUAAGUAGACGCUGCUCGAUUUAAAUAUCUGGACUGAACACAACAACAGGGAACCAGACUCUCCUGUCCCUCCAGGUAGGAGACCUACCUGCAACUGAAAGAUUUCAUCUCAGAUUCAUGUGAACUUUGAAAACUUCUGCACAUGCCAUUCCGUGUUUGGAUUCCUGGGACUUUUGGCACACUUUUACGCACGCCUGCGCGGCGCCCUGUGACUGUCACACAUACACACACACACACACACACACACACACACACACUGUCUGAUGUGACUGUGUUAAAAACUUUAAAUCCGGGCCAUGCUGCAGUGACUUCAGUCCGCUGGCCGGGACUCUUCAUGAUCAAGUUGUAAACAGCAACAGAAGAAGAAGGAUGCUUGGAAAAUAUUUAUAACGCACCGAGCGGAGGAGACGCAGAGAAUCUUUUUCGUGUUACUUGAUCGAGCAGAAAACCGAGGACAGUAAAUCACAAGGAGGCAAGUGGACUCCAGAGGUGAAGCGAGGACAAGACAGGUCGGUGUCUCCAAAUUCACCGGGCUCGAGUUUCAGCCGCCCCGGGGGCUCCUGGUAUUAAAGCGUGCAUUUGACCUGGGAUAAGUUGUCAACAAGAGCAGCGAGCGGAGGCAAACUGGCAGGUGUACAAGUUCAUUUACAUGCAUACGUAUAUUCACGCCACUAUAUAUAGAAGUUGUCUUAGGGACGAGCAGCCUUAAUAAGUUUCUCCACCCACCCUCCGGCCCUGCAGCAGCCCCACACACCGGGCGUGUGCAAGUGUCUAUAUAUACACCAUACAGGCUUUUAUUCCUCUCCGCAAUCUGUAUCCGAGAGGGCUGCCCGCCGUCGGUUUGGCUGUGAGGGCAGGAGUCGUCGCAUGGACUGACAUGGCCACCGACCUCGCCAUGAGCGCAGAGCUGCCCAACAGCCCUCUGGCCAUCGAGUACGUCAACGACUUUGACCUGAUGAAGUUUGAGGUGAAGAAGGAGCCGCCGGAGGCCGACCGCUACUGCCACCGCCUCCCGUCCGGCUCCCUCUCCUCCACCCCGAUCAGCACACCCUGCUCCUCCGUGCCUUCCUCGCCCAGCUUCUGCGCCCCGAGCCCGGGCGCACAGCCGAACCAGAGCCUCGCCAGCGGGGUCAACAGCAGCGGCAGCAGCAACAACAGCAGCGGCAACAACAAUCACAGCAACGCGGGCAAGCCUCAGCUGGAGGACCUGUACUGGAUCCCCAGCUACCAGCACCACAUCAACCCCGAGGCGCUCAACCUGACCCCGGAGGACGCGGUGGAGGCCCUCAUCGGCAACGCGCACCACCAUCACCACCACCACCAGGCCUACGAGGGCUUCCGCGGGCAGCAGUACGUCGGGGAGGACCUGUCCACGGCCUCGGCGGCCCACCAUCACCAGGCCCAUCACCACCACCAUCACCACCACCACGGCCACCACGCCCGCCUGGAGGACCGCUUCUCGGACGAGCAGCUGGUCAGCAUGACGGUGCGGGAGCUGAACCGGCAGCUGCGGGGCUUCAGCAAGGAGGAGGUGAUCCGCCUGAAGCAGAAGAGGCGCACCCUGAAGAACCGGGGCUACGCGCAGUCCUGCCGCUUCAAGCGCGUCCAGCAGAGGCACAUGCUGGAGACCGAGAAGUGCACCCUGCAGAACCAGGUGGAGCAGCUGAAGCAGGACGUCGCGCGCCUUGUCAAGGAGCGGGAUCUUUAUAAAGAGAAGUACGAGAAGCUGGCCAGCCGGACCUACAAUGCCGGUGGACCCGCGAACACGAGAGAUCCGUCCGGGAAACAGGCCAACACCGAGUUCUUCAUGUGAGAGACUGAUGAUUUGUAGCAUAGACUGAAUUACAACCCCCCGCCCGAACAUCCUUGUUACAUUAAUUUAUAUUUUUCUGCGUUUGUAUUUUGUUUACAGUUUUUCCCUCCACAGAAAAAAAGACUUUAAACACAACAUCUUAUCAGAUGCGCACAACAAUAAUCCGUGUGCGCGUUUUAAGUCUUAAAGAUGUUUUGGCUCAAUUUGUGUACGUCUCCAACGAGCUGUCAUGUAGUGAUGUGGACACAUGGGAUCACUUAGCCUGUAGACUUUUCUCUGGUCAGAAGUCUUACUGAACCAACAUGACUGUCUUAAUUCAGAGAGAGAUGAUUUUGUCUUAAAACUUUUGGGGGGUAGAAUGUUUUUUUUUUAAAGAUUGGACUGAAAUAGAAGCAGAAAAAGCAAUACACCACCUCUCCUCUGACUGUAGGGAGUUCCACUGACUGUUUGUGUCAAAGAGAGGGGAGAAGCGACUUUUCAAUAUUGCAAGUCUAUAGUUUCCUAUCCCUAUUUGCAACCCUGCAUGCAGGACAUGUAUGGUAACCCCCCCUCCUCCCCCCUCCCCCUCCCCUCCCACUCCCCAAGUCAUCUCCCAGAAUCCUUCCACAUGUAUGGUAAGCAUGGCCCACGGUCCUCUCCUCCUCUAACGCUCCUUCCUCCGCCAUUAGUAAGGUCUGGGUUAUGCAAAAUAGCCACAAAAUGUUCCCACCGUCCAUAAACCCUCCACCCCCACCCCUCCACCCCCUGAGAGGUGCAAGGACUGCGGACUGAAAUGCAAAACAAUCUGCUAUACUGCGAAAAAAAAAAAAAACAAACAAACAAAAAAACAUGGAUGCGUCUUUAACUGCUAUUUUCAAUCAAUUUUUUCUAUUGUUUUAAAAAGAAAAGAAAAACGAACAAAAAGAGAUUAACUGAGCCAGAUUUUAGACUUGUAUUUAUUUCCACCUGUACAUAAUGUGUAGAGAAAAAACGAAACAGUUAACUGUGUUAUUUUAACCUUCUCUCUUUUUAAAGAAAACUGCUUUUUGUUGCUUGGAUUAUUCGAAAAAUGUCUUAAUACAAAAAUGUUUGUAUGUUACAGCAUGCAAAUUGUCUAUGGUAUCCUCCUCCUCCUCCUCCUACUGAACAUGUGUAAUGUCAAAGGCAAGCCUAUACUGCACUAAGAAGAGAUCAAACUGGACAAACCUUUUGUUUUCUAACUCGUAGGACCUUUGAUCUGUUAAGAAACCUGGAUGUAAAUUUGAUGAGGGAGAAUCCUCGUUUAUUAGAUGGACAAGGACUGCAUUCGCUGCUAAAACUCUAUGCACCAACCUGAUGAUUAAAAAGACUUAAGUUUAAUGAUUCUUUUUUUUUUUUUUUUGUUAUUUACUUUAAAUAUUUGUAGAAAUUUCUGGGGCCUGCGGGUUUACUCUGCAGCCCGGUGUCUUAACAAGAUCUUGUGUCUGAUAUGGAGGAUGCUUGAUUGUUUUUUUGAAAAAAGAGAGCUCACAUGCUCUUGGAGUAACUCGAUGCAUUAUUCUGUCAACAAGAAAUCCCUGGUUCGUGUGUUUUCUGCUGCCUAGAUAUAUGUGCAAUAUUGUGCAGAAGUGUCCGAUGCUCAGCCUUCAUGCCGAGGCUACCUGUUGGAUGGCGAAACGUGCAGGAACAGAGACAUGGAAAUACUCAAUGUAGAUCAAAACGCACCGAGAAAAACCAACCAGGAAAGGAUGCUAAAUACAUUUGAGAUUAUUAUUAUUAUUAUUAUUAUUAUUAUUAUUAUUAAUCGUUUCAUGUGAUCAAAAAUUAAACUUAAUUCUUGCGGCCAAUAAAAAAAUAUAUUUUUAAAAAUGUAGGCGAACAACAGGUUCUGUUUCUCUGUCUUAAUUUCAGUUUCCUGGUUUAAUAAAACCUCAAAUUUUAAGUAAUUUUUCCUAAAGCAACUACAGCCUAAAAAAUGAAUAAAAUCCUAAUUUGAUUUAAAAGAAGAAAUAAAAGGAGAUUAAAAAGCAAAGCAAACUUCUGCACAGUGCUGUUAAUGUAUAUCUGUACAUAUAAUUUCUAUAUUUAUUCAAUGAACGUGUCCUAACGUGUCAACAAGUGAAAAACCUACAAAGUGGAACGUUGUUGAGAAUCUUGUUUUCAUAAUGUUUAAUAAAAAGUUCUGUCCCAAAAGC